AUGUUAUAUAAAAACUUGAACAACGAGCGUGAACAAAACAGAAAAAAAAUGGACGAUGAAGAAACGCCAAUGAUUUACGGUGUCGAAUUUUACGCUCGUUCGUUAUGUGCUGUCGCACCCACGGAGGAUGAUACAAUUCGUUUUUUAGUGGGUACACAAUCAUUAAGAUUUAAUAAUCAAGUACUACAUUAUGUUGAAUAUGAUGAAGAAAAUCAGUCAUUAUCGAAAUCGAUUUAUUCUCAUCGUGCUGGAGAAAUAUGGAAAUUACAAGCAGCACCAACAGAUAAAAAUAUUUUUGCUACGAUCUAUAAUAAUGUUCAAGACACAUCUGUCGUUCAAAAAUGUUCAGUUUGGGAAAUACCACAACAAACAAGUGCAGGUGGAACAACAAUAGAUAAUUCCCAAAUUCAUCAAUCACUACAGAAACGUUUCGAUCUUCAAAUACCAAAUACAACACCGACAAAUGUUGUUUAUGUAGCAUGGGAACCAAAUAAUUCAUCUGGAGAUCGAAUGGCUACAAUUAACGAAACAAAUUUAAGCAUAUGGAAUAUUCAACAGGACGCGCCAAAAAUUGUAUCUACCGCAACAGUGCACAGUAAAAGUUCGUUAAAAUUUUAUUGUUGUCAUUGGAAUCCUCAUCAAGGUACUCAACAAAUAUCAAUAUCAAUUGGUCCAAAUAUUCGCGGUUGGGAUUUAAGAACAAUGAAAGUUAGUUAUCAAAUUGAUUCAGCUCAUCCUCCAUUCGUACGUGAUAUUGACUAUAAUCCAAACCGUCAAUAUUAUAUAAUGACAUGUGGCGAUGAUUGUAAAGGUUCCAUGGCUAAUAUAAAUUGGGAAACGCUGAUGCAAAUUAAUCCAAACAUUAGUACAAAACAUUUUGUAAUUGAAACAAGUGCGUAUUUAACAGCACUGAGAGAAUCGAUCACCGAUUUAUUACUUAAAUGUGAUCAGACGCUUGAACAAAUACCAUCGUCAUUACUGACAACAACUGAGAUGAUAAAGUCAUCAGAAAUAUCCAUAUGUCGUGAUCCGUCAACAAGAAAAAUUUAUAAUGAAGUGGAUAUUAAAAAAAAUAAUCAAACAUGUCAUUUUACUUCAAAAUGGUAUCAAGAAUUUUCAUUGAUUGAAUAUAGUCCGACCAAGGAUUUAAUUUAUUGCUUUUGUUGUCGAUUAUUUGGUGACGGUCCAGGUAGUGCUCAAUCGGAAAAUGCAUGGACAACAUUAGGUGUUGAUACAUGGAAUAAAAUCAAAGGUAGUCGAGGUGUUAACAAAAACGGGAAACUAGAAGUACAUAAUGAAAGUGAAGUACAUAUAUCAUCAUUACAACGUUAUCUGAAAUUUAAAGAACGUAAAAACAAUAUUGAUUUUAUGCUGGAUAAAAAUCUACAACAGCAAGAGCAACAAAAAGUUCAAAUGGCUAAAUCUAACCUAGAAGCAGUUAAAAUAUUAAUUGAUUGUGUGAAAUAUUUAUCAAGACAAGAUAUAGCUUUUCGUUACUAUAUGAGUACAGAUUCACAAAACGAAUUUAUUCAGUUAUUAGGUGAUAGCGUUCAAGAAACAAGUUUAGCUGAUAUUCGGGCAUCACCAUAUUAUUCGAUCAUGGCCGAUUCAACACCCGAUUCUAAUCGUCAAGAUAUAUUAACCAUAUUUGUUCGGUUUGCCGAUGACAAUUUAGAUUAUUGUGGUGGUAUUGCAAAUCAUAUUUUAGAAGUAUUAAAUGAACUUCAAUUAGAUCCUGAUCGGUUAGUUGCACAAUCCUAUGAUUAUGUAAAUAAUAUGAGUGACCAACUCAAUGGUGUACACGCAAAGAUUAGUGAUAAAUUACAACGCAAAAUUAAAUACAUUCCAUGCUCAGGACAUCGAUCGAAUACAGUCGUUAAACAUGCAUGUGAAGCGAGUUUAGAUAUUAAUUGUUUAGUUGGAACAUUACAGAAUAUAUACAAUUUUUUUACAUCGAGUACAAAAAGAUUAGCCAUUUUAAAUGACAAAUAUUCUUCAAAUUUAUUUACGUUAAUCCCAGAGACAACAUCAACAAUAAGAUGGGGUGGGAAAUAUCAAGCAUUAAAAGCUGUUUAUGAAUCUUUCCGUGAAAUUGUAGAAGCAUUAGAUGAAAUAACUGACGAUAGUGAAAAUUUUGAUAAAGACACAAGAAACGAGGCUAAUUCCAUCAACACAAAUAUGAAAACAUUUAAUUUUAUUACAUAUCUAAUAUUUAUGAAAAAUCUAAUGUCUACAACAAACGCCAUCACAUAUCAUUUUCAAGGUCAAAAAUUGGAUUUAUUAACAACUGGUGAAUUAUUAGAUAGAACAACUAAAUUAUUAGAACGUGAACGAAAUAAUGAUGAUAAUUUAAAUAAUUUAAUUACAAUGAGUGAAAAUAUGUCGAAAAGCUAUGAGAUUGAUCCUGAUAAGGAAUUCAAUUAUAAACACCGUCAACGAAGACCACCAAAAAGAACUGACGAAAAUCCACAAACAGCUCAUAAAUUUACAAGGUAUGUAUAAUUUAAUCACUAAGUAUUUCUUGUCUUCGAAGUAUGUCGUACUGACUGGUCGCGCUGCCAUUGAUCGUCAAAUUGACUUCGUCUUAUAUGAAAAACAUUUCUAUUUUCUCUUUUCAACUGUGACUUUAUCUAUAUUUGCCUUUGUUCAUUGGUUUCUAGAUUACAGUAUUAUACAAACAGUUUUAGACAAGUAUUGGAUCGAUUAAUUUUAGAAUAUAAGGAGUGUUGUCAUCGAUUGAUAGUAAUUUAGAAUCAUUAUCAAAACUAGCACCAGAAUAUAUUACAAAUUUAUCCCAACAAGAUGUUGUUAAUAUUUGUCAAAUGACUAAAAUUGACGAUAGUAAUUUAUUGUAUGGAGAAAUUCAAUUAUUUAAAAUAAAAAUAGCUGAAGAAUGCGUUACAAUUACAGAUGCAUCAUUAUUUAUCAGUAAACGGAAAUCAACAAUCCCAAGAUUAUAUCAAGCAUAUAGAUAUUUAUUAUCAAUUCCAGUCACAGUAGCAAGCAACGAGCGAAGUUUCUUCAAGAUGAAAAUAAUAAAAAACAGAUUACGAACAACUAUGGGUGAUGCAAGAUUAUAAGCGUUAUUAUCAUGUUCAAUAGAAACAGUAUUUGUAGAUGCUAUGAAUACUCAAGAAUUAGUAGAACGAUGGUCCAGAAAUAAAUCUGGUCGUAGAAUGUAGUAUGUUGUUUUGUGAAGGAUAUGAAGGAACA